AUGGCGCAGAAUAAUCUAGAAGUCGGAAUGAAGUGUAUUAAAUAUAUGUUGCUGUGUGUUACAGCUAUAUUUGUGCUGACAUCAGCGUUGAUAAUCUCAGUGGGCACAACUAUCUAUGCAAUUUACCACGAUGUCGCCUUCUUCCUCUACGACCAGAUGUUUUCACCAGCGACCUUCAUCGUUGUCAUUGGAGUCAUCAUGCUGUUCGUGUCACUCUUCGGAUGCAUCGGUGCUUUGAAAGAGAGCACUUGCUUAGUCAAUAUUUUCGCAGUGAUAUUAAGUUUGGUGCUGGUGCUUGAGGUCGCAGCGGCCAUUGCCGCCUAUACCCUUCGUGGUCAGGUGGCGCGAAUGCUGGAUGAGAACCUCAGAGCCAGUCUGCCAUACUAUUACACAUACCCAGAUGUCACUGAUAGCUACGACUUUAUUCAGAACAGACUCAACUGCUGCGGUGUCGACUCAUACCUUGACUGGGGCGAAGUAAUAAGCGAUCAAUCUCACGAAGGGAUAGCCGUAGCGAACAUCACUGUACCAUUCAGUUGCUGUGCCGAAACGCGCACCCAGUACGUCAAUGAAAUGCAAGUCGAAGAAUGCGAAAAAUUGUACGCGAACGGAUGCCUCCCCAGAAUAACAUACUUGGUCUACCAAAGCGCUGGAUUGCUAGGAGCCGGAGCCAUGACUAUUGCGUUCAUACAGAUUAUUGGCAUCGUAUUUUCCUUCUCCCUGGCCACUUCCAUUCGCAAGGCAAAAUCUGAACGUGAACGCAGACGCUGGGAGAUUCAAGAACGUAUGAUUAACGCUUACACUUCUCUGAGUCCUGACACAGAAACUAAAGAAAAGAAGCCAGUCGUCUAUGUCCCAUUCCAUGGACAAACUGUUGCUUAG